AUGCGAAGCCACAACGCGCCUCAACAAAGCACGCAACCGAGGAGAGCAUGCAUCUACGGGCUGUGCAAACUUUACACAUGCACUUUAUAUUUAUUACUCGUCUUUACUCUGGACCUGGAGAGAAGCGAAACUGCACCGCUGGACUCGGAUGCGUUCGCGUUCUUCCACACGGGGGGGCAGGGCUGUCUGGGCGUGCGGGACGGCGCCCUGAUCCUGUCCCGCAGCUGUUCUGAGGAGUCCCAGCGCUGGAAGUGGGUGUCCAGAAACCGCCUCUUCAACCUGGGCUCGUCCCUCUGCCUGGGCCUGACCACGGGCAACUUCAGCGGCCGCAUCGACAACUCUCCGCUGGGGGUCUACACGUGCGACCGCGAGCCCCCCAGAGUGCGCUGGACGUGGGGGUGUGCGCAGAUGGUGGCAAGUCUGAACAAGCACCUGCCCGCGCCCUCCUUCUGGAACUCCUCGUCUGUGACCUACCCGCCCGAGCUCAACUGGAGAGUGUUUGGAGAAGACCAGGACCUCUGCUCCAAGCUCUCCAAAGAGAUCUACACGAUCCAGGGGAACUCUUACGGCCGGCCCUGCUUCCUGCCGUUCCUCUAUGACGGGCAGUGGUUCCACAGCUGCACCACCAUCGGCCGCGAGGACGGACACCUGUGGUGCGCCACCUCCUACGACUACGGCAAAGACGAGCGCUGGGGGUUCUGCCCCGUCAACAAUAAAGGCUGUGAGACGUUCUGGGACACGGACCCUCUCACCGACAGUUGUUACCAGUUCAACCUACAGGCCACUCUGUCCUGGAGCGAGGCGCGCACCAGCUGUCACCAGCAGGGGGCAGACCUCCUCAGCAUCAACAAACUGCACGAGCAAACCUACAUCAACGGUUUGCUGACGGGCUACAGCGCUGCUCUGUGGAUCGGUCUGAAUGAUCUGGACGUGAACGGAGGCUGGCAGUGGACAGAUUCAUCACCGCUCAAAUAUCUCAACUGGGAACAAGACCAGCCGAGUUCUGACGACGAGGAGAACUGCGUGGCGGUCCGCACAGAGUCCUCGGGUCGAUGGCAGAACAGGGACUGCUCCGUCGCUCUGCCCUACGUCUGCAAGAAGAGGCCCAACGCCACUCUGGACCCCUUCACCACCGACUCGUGGGCGGAUGACGAGCGGCACGACUGUGACGUGGGCUGGCAGUCCUUUCAGGCCGGAUGUUACAAACUGAACUCGGAGAAGACGGACUGGGACGCGGCGCAGAAGAACUGUCAGAAGAUGGAGGCCAACCUGGUCAGCAUCCACACGCUGCCCGAGCUCGAGUUCCUCCUCCGCCACGUCAAGAGAGAUGUGGAGCAGCUGUGGCUGGGUCUCCAUGACACUAACAUGCAGAUGGACUUCCAGUGGACCGACCACACGCCCGUCAUCUUCACCCACUGGCACCCGUACGAGCCCAACAACUUCCGCGACACCCUGGAGGACUGCGUCUCCUUGUGGGGCUACGAGGGGCGUUGGGAUGACAGCCCCUGUAACCUGACCCUGCCCUCCAUCUGCAAGAAACCUGGGACCAAGAGCGAUGGAGAACCUCAGCAUCAGGACUGUAAAAAGGGCUGGAAGUGGCACAGUCCGUCUUGUUACUGGGUUGGAGAAGACCUCAUGACGUUUGAUGAAGCCAGAAAAGUCUGUGAGGAGGAAUUGGCUUCCCUGGUCACAAUAACCAACAGAUUUGAGCAGGCUUAUGCCAGCAGCCUGGUGUUUGGCCGCGCCAAGGACUUGUUCUGGAUUGGGCUUCACGAUCAGGACAAAGCGGGAUCUUUCCACUGGCUCAGCGGGGACGAAGUGACAUACACCAACUGGAACAGAGACCAGCCUGUGUCUAUCGAUGGCGGCGGCUGCGUCUCCAUGGCGACGGGUUCUGCCACGGGGCUGUGGGAGGUGAGGGAGUGCGCGGCGUCCAAAGCCAAGUUCAUCUGUCGUCAGAACCAGGACACUUCUCUGAGCCCGGACCCCCCUGCACCUCAUCCCACCCCCAGCCUGGGAGGAGCCUGCCCCAACGGCUGGAAGAGCAACAGCAACCUGCGCUACUGCUACAAGGUGUUCCACUCGCUGCAGAUGGAGCAGAGGCUGAGCUGGAUGCAGGCUCAUAUGUAUUGUCGCACACACGGGGCCAACCUCCUGAGCGUCAGUGGAGCAGAGGAGGAGCAGUUUGUCAUGCAGGUCCUCAAUGAGGCCUUUGGAGACUCAGAGGAUGAGGAGCACCGCUGGUUUUGGAUCGGACUGAACCGGAGGAACCCAAUGGACAACGGCAGCUGGAAGUGGAGCGAUGGACUGGCUGUCACGUACCAGAACUUUGGACGAUACUACAACCUUCGGCCCUGUGCGGCGGCCAGUCUGGGCACCAUGACGUGGAUGGCCAUGAACUGUGAUUCAGAGUUAGACUGGAUAUGCAAGAUUCCCAGAGGAAGCAUCGAGAAAGAACCAGAGUUGGCAGAAGGGGCCAGUUCACCGGAGUGGAUCGGCUUCCAAGAGGCGGAGUACAAGUUUUUCGACCACCGCACCACCUGGGACCAAGCGCAGAGGAUUUGCACUUGGUUUGACUCGUCGCUGGCUUCGGUUCACUCAGCUGCUGAAGAGGCUUUCCUGGCCAAGACUUUACGUGAGAUGGAGAAAUCGGAGGGAGACAACUGGUGGCUCGGUCUUCACACGUAUGAAAACGACGGCCGUUUCCGCUGGUCCGACCACUCCAUGCUCAACUCUAUCUCGUGGGCUCUGGGAAGGCCACACCCCCUGAGCCGCGACCGCAAAUGUGUGCACAUCUCCGCCAGCAAAGGAGACUGGUCGGAUCAAAAGUGUCACUCGGACCUGCCUUACAUCUGUAAAAGAGUCAACGUCACCGGAACCAUCCCCCCCACCCCUGCCACGCCUCUCCCCCCCUCGGGAUGUCCGGAUGGGUGGUCGGCCUAUCAGCAUAAGUGUUUCAGGGUGUUUGACCAGGUGAACCGCAUCACAUGGUCCGGAGCCAAACUGAAAUGUGAAGCCAACGGUGGGGUCCUGGCAGUGAUCGCUAAUCAUUUAGAGCAAGCUUUGGUCACCACUCUGCUGUACAACACCAGCAUCGAUCUGUGGCUGGGCCUGACCUCGGACUCUCAGGGCCAGUUCCAGUGGUCUCAGCCGGGUCUUCUCAGCUUCACAAACUGGGGCCCCGGAGAACCCCUGGACAACAGCGGACCACACCACAACAGGACACCGGGUAACUGUGUGGUGAUGCUGCACGGGAACCCACACAGGAACACCGGCAUGUGGGCGUCCCGGGCCUGUGAGAUGGAAAGCAAUGGCUACAUCUGUCAGAGGAAACAAGACCCGAGCCUCCCCCCGGCCCCCCCUCUCAUCCCAUCCCUGCUGAAUCCCGUGGAGCUGGGAGGGCUGUCGUACCGCGUGGUGGAGAAGAAGCUGGACUGGACCGGAGCGCUGCACCUGUGUGAGUCUCUGAACGGGACACUGGCCGCGAUCAACAACCCAUACGAACAGGCGUACCUCAGCCUCCUCAUCAACCACCUGCGCAGACCGGCCUGGAUCGGCCUCUACAACUAUGGAGGCCGGAGUUUCACAUGGCAUGGCGAAGGAGAGGGCUUGUAUUCCAACUGGAAAGACGGCGAGCCCAGUCAGAGCGCCGGCUGCGGUCACAUGACGACCACCGGCGAAUGGGUGAUGACGCAGUGUGAUGCCAAACUCGGGGCUGCGCUGUGCCAAAUUGGAGAGGAGCCGGUGGUCCAUCGGUGGCAGUAUCCAGGAGCGUGUCCUCACUCUGUGGGGGAAUGGGCCUGGGUGCCGUUCAGAAACAACUGCUACGCCUUCAGCCUACAGCAUCUGAGGCCGCAGCAGGACGCCCGCUCAGCCUGUCAUAAAGAGGGGGCUGAGCUUCUCUCCAUCUUGGACGAGACGGAGAAUGAAUUUGUUUGGGAGCACAUGCAGAGCGACAUGGAUCAGGCGAACGGGGCCUGGCUCGGCAUCAGCGUCAGAGGUCGAGGUCUGGUGUGGAGCGAGGACACGGAGAUGAACUACUCAAACUGGGAGGCGCAGGCGUUUUCAGUGCUGUCUCCAAACUCGUGCUUCUGGAUCCAGUCCAACACUGGAACAUGGAAACCAGGCUCCUGCAGGAACCGCACUCAUGGAGUCAUCUGCAAACGUCCCCGGAGUGCAGAAACCUCAGCUACAACAUUGGACCCGGAGAACCUGCCAACCCUGCUGGUCGUCAUGGUCACGGGCCUUGUGCUGGUGGUGCUGAUCGUCGGCGUGAUUUACCUGUACCGGCGCAGGACGGGGGGCGCGCGGGGGUCCUACGAGGGGGCGCGCUACAGCCGCACUCACUCCGGCAGCGACGAGCAGACUGAGAAGAACAUCCUGGUGUCCGACAUGGAGCUGAACGAGCAGCAAGAAGAGUAG